AUGGCGCCAGUCCGCGCUUUCUCGCCGUCGCGCGCACUCUCGCAGGAUACUUCUCGGCUGAUCGUGAAGAACACGUUCCUCGACGUGCCAGAGGACGCCGCCCGUCCCCCGCGGCGCAGCGCAUCUGUUCCUGCGCGGGGCGGCAGGGAUGCCGACGACCCGAUGGCGGGCGGGCUUGCGCCCGGCCAGGCCUCGCCGCGCCCCGAGGAACGCACCCCCAGCGGUCGUGCUUAUCCGAUCUCCAGGGCCUCCUACUCGAGGCUGGUGAAAGAGUUGACGCACAUCAACUCCAUGCUCACUCCUGCGCGGGGCUACGCGCAGAUGCCAGUUGGCAAUUCUUCCUUCAAAACAAAAAGCGUCAACUCGCAGGUGCCGCCCCGCGCCGCGGUGGCCUGGCACGUGCUGGUUCAUUCCACGGGGUCUGGCAGCGUCGCACCCAGAGCCCCCGCGGCGCAGGGGGGGGCGCCGCGCCGAUCGCCAAUCGGCCGUCAGAGGCGCACUGUGUCGAGGCACCAGGUAUACGACAAUCCUACUGACAUCGAGAACCUCGACUCGGUCGUCAAAGACUUCGCGAGGCCAGGCUUCUGCGAGCCCGCGCGCGCGCCCCCCUGGCGCCGCUCCGCUGUUCGCAGGUCCAAGACAGACCGCGGCUCGCACUCCGCGAGCGAGCGGCAGGCCGCCGUGCACGCGGCGGAGUCUACCCAGGAGCCGCCUCGCGAGCUCGAGGAGGAGGACUUCUGGUCAGUAACUGGAGGACCAUUGGAAAAUCACAGAAUCCCCGUCGAGGAGCGCCCUCUUCCAGUGGUCCAUCUGAUGCCUGAGGAGCAGGCGUCUGGCUACGUGGUGGAGAUCGCCGCGUCCGCGGGCGAUACCCGCCCAGAUCUUAGCCAGUUGCUCGGUCUGUCGGUUCCGUUCCCGAUCGCGAUCUGUUCUGAUGUCGGGUACUUGCCGCUGAACUCGCAGAUGGUGCCGUUGUCUCCGGUCUUCAUGCCUGCCUCGGACUUCGCGGCGCUCCAGGCGGCCGAGAGCGGCGUGCAGGUGUCGCGGAACGGCCCUGUGACGUUCCAGGACUGCAACGACUUGCUGCGCCCGUUCGGCGCGCACCUCGUCCCUGUCCGCGAGGCGAUGCUGGACGGGAACUACAUCAUGUCGUUCCACCAGCAGACCACGCACGUUCGCGUCCGCGACGACUGCGCCGAGUGGAACUGCGGCUGCGUCCAGGUGAAGCUGAGGCGAGAUGUUGGGCUGCAGAUUCUUUCGCACUCCUCAGUUGAGUCGAACUUCAUAGCCUACGCGUACUUACUUCCGUCGCACAUCUCUGAGGGCACAUCAAGCUUCUUUCAGUAUCUUGGUGACGGCGAUGAUUCUUGCGGUGACCGCGACGAACCUCGUGCUUCCGUUCCUGCCUGCCCAGCGAACGCGGAUGUUUCCGAAUUUCAUCUUGCAGUCUUGUACAUGAGGCAUCUCGCCACGCUCACGUUCAACAUGUGUUUGGAGGAUGCAGCUUUCGUAUUCAACUCGACCGCCUAUGCUGCCAGAGCUUCAGAGGAUCGCAUGUUUCGAGAGACGUGCUGCGCGGAGACGCUGCAGGCAGCCGGCUACGAUGUUCAGAUUGACAAGGACGGUCCCAUGACUUUCAGGGAUGCACACAACUUGCUUUCUCCUUUUGGAGCACGCAUUCUGCCUGUCCAAGAAGCAACGCUGAACGGGGACUACAUUAUGCAUUUCCAAUACCAUUUCUCCCACGUCCAGGUGAUGAGCACGUGUGCCGAAUGGGACAGCGGUUGCGCGCAGGUGUACCUCACUCGGGAUCAGGCUCUGAAGAUGCUAUCGCAUUCAUCUGUGUUGGCUGGCUUUAUUCUCCCGAGCCUGCUAUCGUUCCCAGCGUUGCCCGACAUCUCGGAGAACGACGAUGGAAGCUUGGAUUCCCCGCUCGGAGGCGGCUACAGCUCGGGCAAGGGCGCGGGCGAGGCCUCCGCCUCGAGAGGGAGCAAGGGCGAUGCCAAUGUCAAAGAGGAGCUUCCCACCCAGGACGGGGUCGGCGAGGCUGGCCAGGGACUGGAGCCCGUUGUGGAGGGCCCGCAGCUUCUGUCUCGAGCGCAAGGGCAAUUGCUGGACGUUGCUUCGCUUCUUCCUACCGAUGCCACUUGGGUGGCGAACGCAAGCGACGACCUGCCGGCCACGGUGGCCAAGCGUGUUGCUCGUGAAGAUCUGCUGGCUGCACUUGCCAUCAUCAAAGAGUUGGUGGACGGUGCCAUUACGUCUGGCAAGAUAACCCUCACCGACAAACUCUUUUUCGUUUUAUUGAGAUACGGUGAGGUGCAUCGCAGCCACGAUGGUGAAUUGUAUUUCUAUGACCACUCCAUCACGCCGAAAGGCUGGUGGGAGAACAGGAAAUAUUCGAUUGUCGACAUGCGGCCGGGUUUGAACAUGGCAAAGGGCAUGUUGUAUUUGAUAUGCCAAGACGUGCCAGAGGAGCUCGUCUGGUGCUGGGACCACGUGGGCCAUGCGCUUCGACAAGCCAUGUCGACGGCCUUCCACCACGGUACCUCUUUAGUAGAAUUCCCAGGCGAAUGCCGACAGCAGGCGAAGCUAAGCUGGGAUCGGAAUUUGAAGGUGACCAAAGGGAAAAAGUACAUGGCCCAUAGCUUAGCGAAGCUCGCCGAGAUCUUGUCGAACCUUCCAGUCUAUUACGAACAGGAUUCAGCCAGAGGGGCGAAGUCGGACAUCCGGAAGGCGUUCACUGCCAAGCUGAACACAGAUAAGCCCCCGUCACAGGGAUUCGUUUUCGACGACGGCUACAGGGAUGCGAGCAUGGCCCAGGCUGAACCUGAUCCGCAGAAUAACUGCUACUUCCGCGUGCCCUUCAAGUAUGAGGAGGUCAACGUGGCGCUCGCUGAUUGCCCCGUGGUCCGAGGGCGCCAGCAUUCAUUAUCCGACGUGCGGGCGGUGGUUCGUGAUUACAUAGAUUCCUUUUUCUUUAAGAACGACGGGUACUUCGCCACCUCAUGCGCUGCGACGUACUGCGCCUUCUUCGGCAUCCACGUCCCCGUCAUGAUGGUGGCGAUAGGUGGCGAUGGCAAGGGCGCUUUCGACAUCCUGGAGUCGUCGCUCUUCGGCAAGCAAAACUCGGCGACGCUCGACCCGUCCAUAUUUGUUGACGACAACGAGUGGCGGAAGAGCGCUCACUUCGGCCUACACAAGAAGCGGGUUUGCAUCAAGGAGUCCAAAACAGGAUCGUCUCACAUGCGGAUUAACGUGGACGUGCUCAAACGCUUCAUUGCAGGCGAGGAGCUGAUUGUGAGGGCCAACUUUGGAUUCUCCAGCGAAGUCCGCUUCAACAGAAUGAAGAAGCAGCAGAGCUGCAACUACGACGACGUGGCCCCCAUCAUGUCAGUUCCCCGAAGCCUUGCAGCGCUGGACCUGGAAGGGCACGGAGAGGAGGCAGCACCAAGGAAGUCCCCCACGGAGUCUGUGGAUCGUCGUUUUUUGACGUCGGCUGUGGGCCUUGCGACACUGGUCACUGAUGUCAAGGACGUGGACCAUGAAAAUGGCCGCUUUCUGAAAAUCGCAUCGGAUGUUUUAGAGACUAUAUUGGCAUGCCCCGCUGCAGCCCAUGUUUAUUUGAGAGAAAUUCUACAACCAACUUGGGAUGAACUCGGGGACUCGUCAGCCAUUGUGGGAACGCUCGAACCAGAAAAUCUCGAUGACCACAUGAAGGUGUCGACGCGUUGGUACAUCCGCCGCCUGACCAACCAGCAGUGCGAGCCCAGGCCCAAGUGCGUCAUGGACUCCUCAUCGGGGGCCGGCAACGGGCGAUCCGGCGGCAGCGACACCGACUGGGACACGCUUGCUGGCUGCCUGAAAAAGUUGUGGCAGGAAGAAGGCAAGAAGACGCCCGCAGAGGCGCGCAAGUUAUCGAAAGGCAGGGGUAGACAAGUGGGGGACUGGAAAGUUGCGAAAGAGUUAUGCAGUGGACUCGACGUCCCAAGAGCUUCCGCGUAUGCGAAAUUUGUGUCGCUGGCGAAAAGUUGCGGGCCGUUGGCCGAUUACUUGGUCCAGGAAGACACCGACGUGAACUUUUUCGGCAAGCAGCAGCGCUACGCGCUACUAUUCCCAGUCAUGGCUGGCGUGAUGCUGCAGCUUUCCAGAGAUUUCAAGAUUCCUGCGCCGGCGGCGCCCCCCAGCGAAAGAUGGCUCAUGGGGGCUCGCCCUGGGGACGCAGACCAUUUCUUGUCUGACGACGAACAGAUGCUUCGCCAGAUCGGCAGCUCCGUGGUCUGCUCGGUUGCAGACGUCGUGGACAUCGCCGCCUUGAUUGGCCACGUCGAGUCUGGAGCCGACAGGCGACAGGUCCAGGUUCAGGGCUAUGCUCGCUUAUUGGACAAUCGGGGAACAGCCUCCACGGAGGCCGCUGCAGACGGCGAGCAGCGGCCACUGAAGAGUCUCCUUCGAAAGUACGUGAAGCAAGGUUAUGGGCGACUUCAUACAGUGGGCCCUUCUCUGCAGAAGAUAACCAGGGAAGCUCGGUGCGCCGCUCUGGCUGGGAUUCCAGGAGGCGUUUUAGAACUUGACAUAAAGGUUGCGUUCUUCAGCUUGUUGGUUGUGGCCUUAAAGCGGCACGGGCAGAUCUGCGUCGAGGCAGAGUUCCCACUGCUGUGCGACAUCGCCAGCAACUGGGGCGGGUGGAAGAGUUUUGUCUCUGGGUACUUCGACGUCGGGGUGGACGUCGCCAAGAAGCUUCUCAUCUCGGCGACCAGUCCCUACGGGCGGCAAUCGCCAGAUCCAGCGCAGCGGCCUGACUGGCUUCCGCAUUUGGAUUGCGUGCAAACAGAAGUAUCGAAUGCCUGUCGAUUUCUUCUCGAGCACGACGCUCUUUAUCAGGAAGUUGCGAAAGCAAGGCCUGGAUGCAGCUCGCUCCACAUCUUUCUGGGCGAGCUGGAGUGCCGGGUGAUGAUGAGCAUGAAACAUAUUUUAGAGGAAGCAGGGGCCGUGCCAAUUUCUCUGGUCUACGACGGCAUCUACUUCAGGCCAAUGGGGCUUGACGUGCACGACGAGGGCUUCAUCGGACUUGUGACUGCAGUCGAAGCCGGGCACGGCGUAUCCUUGCAUCUGAAAGACCUAAGCGGCGCGGCGCAGCUGAGCGACGUGAUCUGCGCCGACGCCGCCCACUUCUUCCUGUUGCACAUUGGGGCGCCAGGAACUCGCGGCCACGCUGUUGGUCUUCGCGCCCACGGGGACUCGCAGCAGAUGCUGGUGUUCGACUCGCACCAGGACUUCGUGAUGCAGAUUGGCGAUGAGGCCUUGUGCGACCUGGCAUACAGGAACACGAAGUACGUGCGCCACGGCAAGCCGACGACGAAGAGCAGGGGCGACCGCGACAAGUGGAGCAUCGACCUUGAAUCCAUCUUGGAGAUGCCUGACGAUAAGCUCUACCGCCGGUGCAUCCGCGAUAACAUCCUGGACAACAAGGCGAUCGAAAGGAUUUCGAUUGCCGUGAAGAAGCAGCGCGAGAAGUUUGUCAAGAAGCGAGAGAAGACGAUCGUUUUCGGGGUUGGCAACGACCGCGACUGGAGGGACGCUGAAGCAGAUGAAGCAGUCUUUGGAAGGGCAGCCAAGGCGGACGACCCCGAGAGCGUGGAAUGGGAGCAAUGGGCGGGCAUCGUGGAGCGAGGCCGGCCCGAGUCGCUGGUGCUGGCGAAGACUACCGCGGCUCCCACGGUGAAGAGGGCUCCUGGGCCAGGCGCAAUCAGGAAGGUCGAUUGGGCGCCUCUGUCAAACCGCUACUUGAAAGGUAGGCGCAUUAUUUUGCAUACGGACCGCGCUAAGAGCUACGCCAUGCGAGUUGAGGGAGUGUUGCGCGAUUCAGUGCGGCACUGCAAAAAGAGAGUGAAAAAGAAUGGCAAGUGGGUGUGGAUGAAGCCGUGCUACGCGCGCUUGGCAACUCAUAAGCUUCCAUGUGGUAGGAAGUUGCGCACCAAGGCCGGCUCCCAGACGGCCGCCACUCCAAUUCGCAGCGCCCAGUGGCUUUACUGGCACAGGGGCAAAGACCUUUGGGCCGAGAUGGGAUCCACGUUCUGUGCCAACUUUUGGCGGAGGUAA